CCAUGGAAGCUGAAGUAGAGAACGAGCAAGGAGAUAAGGAAGAAGGUUUAUGUCUUCCCAGAAGCAAGUUGCGUCCACCACGACCCUUCAAGGGCCCUGGGGGACCUAACUGGCAUCAAGAAGCACUUCUGCAGAAAGCACGGCGAGAAGAAGUGGAAAUGCGACAAGUGCUCCAAGAAGUAUGUUGUUCAAUCAGAUUGGAAAGCUCACUCAAAAACCUGUGGCACAAUAGAGUACAGAUGUGACUGCGGAACUCUCUUCUCAAGGAGGGACAGUUUCAUAACCCACAGAGCCUUCUGUGAUGCAUUAGCAGAGGAGAGUGCAAGAUCUGUGACAGGCAUGGACAUUGGCAUUGGCAUUCCCAACAACUCAGCUACAACGUCAACAACACCUCACAAAGCACCUGCAGCAGGAGUAGUGAUCCCUUCAUCCUCUCAUCAUCAUCAUCAUCAUCAUCAUCAUCAUCAUGAUGAAGACAUCCAUGGUAACAAUUUCCCAUUGAAGAAAGAGCAACAAGGUUUCAUGCCCCCUUGGCUUGGACAACCACCCUCCACCAUUGAUCUCUCCUCCUCCUCCUCCUCAUUCUUCUCUCAGCAGGAUCAUGUGAGCAGUCUCCAUGAAAACCCUAACCCUAGAGGUGGUGGUGGUGGAGGUGGUCCCACUCUCCCUCCCUACCCAACAGCACCUUCCCCUCCUCACAUGUCAGCCACAGCGUUGCUGCAGAAAGUAGCCCAAAUGGGAGCUACCAUGAGCAAAACUGGCUCCAUGAUUAGGACCCACCAACAGGCUCACGUGUCUGCUGACUCUUUGAAUUUGUCCUCACGUGACGACCAGAUGACCCCCACUUCCAACACCACCACUCCCCAUGGCUUGGUACCUUUCGGGAAUAAAGCUGUUCCUGGUGUUGGUGUUGGUGUUGGUGUUUCUUCAUCACUCCUUCACCAUGUUAUUAACUCUUUCUCUUCCCCUUUUGAAGGGACUUCUUUUGAGGACCCUUUCAAUGGUGCUGUGACGAAAACAACCGCCGCUGAUGACCGUGCCGGUGGUGGCGGCGGCGGCGGAGGAGGAGGAAAUUAUAAUGAGGCCAUGACCAGAGAUUUCUUGGGUCUUAGACCCCUCUCUCACACUGAUAUUCUCAACAUUGCUGGCAUGGGAAACUGCAUGAACUCCCAACAUAACCAAACCCAAAACCCUUGGCAAGGUUAGCUCCAUAUGUUUUACAAAUAUAUCUGCAUUUUCCUUUUCUUUAUUUCAUUACAAUAUAUAAUAUACAUUUAUUUUUGCUUUUGUUUAUCAUAUAUAUUCUUAAUCUUCCCAAAGGGACGGACCUUCCAGAAUCUCAAUAUUUAUGUAGUUAUAUUUUACAGAUA